CAUCAGUUGUCUUCUAGCCUUCAUUUAGCGAUACAAGAACACGGAAAGAUUUUUAAAAGGCAUUUGAUUGAUGAAAGAUAUAGCAAAAAUCCGCUUAUAAGAAAAAUAUCAAAGAUUGAAAAACUUUUUCUGUAUAAAAUUUUACAUUAUUAUUUAUUCGUACAAAAAUUAUACAAAUAAAAACUGUUUUUAGAAAUGUAAAGGCGUGAGUAAAAACUUACCUCAAGGAUGCAUUUUAGGUCCUAAAUUAAUAAAGUGAUAUCUUGUGUGUGCUCAAAUUAAAAAAGAAGGUACUUACUGAAUUAAAAUAAACAAUAAGUAUUGGGAUACCUACUGUGAAAUGGUUUAAAACAAUGGAAAUAAUAAAACUAAUAGUGAAGUUUUUACUUGGGAUAGUUUUAGUAAUAAGGACUGUAGAAGUAGAAAGUAAAGAUUUAGAUGAAAAUGAAAGAGCGGCUAGAGCACUGUUUAUACAAAAUUUGUUGAAUAGGCAGAAGCACCUUGAAGGCAGAAUAAGACUCAUAGGUGGCCCCAAUAAAUUUGAAGGAAACGUGUACAUUUACCACGCGGGGCGGUGGGGCGCCAUAUGUGACGACUCAUGGGACGAUGCGGCUGCGCAGGUCGUCUGCAGGUACUUCAACAAGACUGGAUCUGCUACUCGUGGAGGCCAGUAUGGUGAAGCUCAUAGAAAAUUCUGGAUGGACGAUGUAGUAUGCGAGGGUGAUGAGACGUCAGUGUCCAAAUGCAUAUUCUCUGGUUGGGGAUCAUCUGACUGUGAACCCACUGAAGCUGCAGGAGUAAGGUGUAAAGAUAGCCUGACGAGCAAACCUGAGAACAUUGUGAAGAAGAAAUCCAAAAAGAAACUUCAUGAAGUAUUGGAUGUCAAUACUGCUAGUUUGAGGCUUAGUGGUGGAAGAAGCAGUAGUGAAGGAAGAGUUGAGAUCUACCACAACGGUACAUGGGGUAGCAUCUGCGCCGACGGCUGGACUCUCUACGAAGCGUCCACGGUCUGUCGCCACCUGGCCCUCGGGUUUGCUGAACAGGCUCUUCAUACUGAUUACUUCGGAGCCUCAAUCCUGACCCUCAGCGGGGUCCAGUGCGAUGGCAAUGAGAACAACUUGUUCAUGUGCCGCCAUCAGCAAAUCGGUGACGUCACGUGCCCUGGUGAUGCUGGUCAUGUAGCAGCAGUGUCAUGCACCAAUCGCCUGGCAGAUCUAACCCUGGAUUCAGCCACCAUAGAGAGGACGGCUCAUCUCCAGGAUGUGCCCAUGUACCAAUUGCAAUGCGCUAUGGAAGAAAACUGCUUGAGUCAAACUGCUUACGAGAUCCAGAAGAGCAACCCGUACUGGCAGCAUGAGACGCGUCGACUCCUGCGCUUCACGGCGUCUUCUCUCAACAUCGGAGACGAGGAGUUCCGGCCAUACCUGCCCAAGCAUCUUUGGCAGUGGCAUCUAUGCCAUAUGCACUAUCACAGUAUGGAAGUGUUCGCGACCUUCGACGUACUGGACUUAUCAGGGAGGAGGAUCGCUGAGGGGCAUAAGGCCUCCUUCUGUCUCGAAGACAACACCUGCCUACCCGGCGUGGACAGGAAGUACAACUGCAAGAAUUAUGGUGAUCAAGGAAUUUCAGUAAAUUGCUCAGAUGUCUACCAGUAUAAUAUUGAUUGUCAAUGGGUUGAUGUGACCGAUGUACCGCUAGGAGAGUAUACAUUCAAGGUGGCAGUAAAUCCUCACGCAAGAGUGGCUGAGCAGCGGUUUGACAACAAUGCAGCGCGGUGCAGGCUGCAACUGAGCGACUCCUACGCAAGGGUUUAUGGAUGCACGCUAGAGAGACCCUAGUUUAGGAUAAACACCUCAAUCACCAUACCAUACUUCUCUCAUACGCAAAAGUAAAAAUACCUGACAAUAUACUUUUGGGAAAUAUAAGAUUUGUGGAGUACCAUUAUGUAUUUAUUGGUGCUAAUUCCUGGAGACACCACGUAAUUUUAUUUUAAGUUAUACUUGUAAUUUUUGAAAAGGAAAGUGAAGGGUGAUUGAUAGCUGUUAAUUUGAAAUGAAUAAGUGAAUAACCCGGACAAAUGGUAAUAUUGUGACCUAAAAUUGUAAAAUUACUUAUGACUACUUAUUCUGUGGCAUUUUUAUCUUAUAUUCUUAUAAAUUUUUAUUAUCUUAAGUUCAUUUAUUUUUUGAUUUAUUUAUUUAUUUAUUUGGCUCACAAAACAGGUUGGGAUUACAACACUAAAAAUAGGUACAAAAAAAGAAUGUUAUGUGAUUGCUUGUUAAACUUAUUUUUUACCAUUCUAUUUCAGUAUUUCGAACACAAUUCUUGUUAUUGUUAUGCGAAUAAAUACUCAUACUCAUACUCAAUCAAACUCUAUACUCCUUAGCGGCUUAGCGGAUUUCGACUUAAGUAAGACAGAGGGGGUGAGGUAAAUGUAGCUCGGCGCGAGGUAGAAAUUAGUGCGGGGCGGAAAGCUACCGUUCUAAAUGUAGUAGUUGAAUAAAAAAAUCAAUAAAAUGUUUUUAAAAUAA